CGGCGGAGGCGGAGGAGCUGAAUGUUAUCGUUGUAAUCAAGUCAAAAUAAAAAAAUAAUAAUUGAACAAAUAAGGGAGCCCAAGAAAAAGUGUUUCCAAUUAUAAAAAGCACUGCCAACAACAACAAAUGCAUUUGCAGUGCUGCCCGUAGUCGUCGGUGUGUAAGCAAAAAAUCCAGCGACGCUUUUGGCAAGACAGAGAAACAAAGGCAAAAUCAAAAACGUCAUUGGGUGGCAAUUAAACAAGCGCCCCUGACAGUAUCAGUGGUGGCGUCGAUAGCGGAGCGUUCGUAGAUGCUUAUUGGCUUUUACGCGCAGCUAACACGCAAAAUGGACAGCGUAUUCGAAGCGUAUUUGGGCCCCGACAGCGUGCUGGCUGGCGCUGUUGGUGGCGCCGUGGGUAGUGGCGAGCCGGAGGACAUACCAAAGAGGAAUACCGAUGUUUGGGUGCUGGGCAAACGCUAUAAUGCCGUGCAGGAACUGGACCUGAUACGGCGGGACAUACAGACCCGACUAUGGUGCACCUAUCGUCAUGGUUUCGUGCCACUGGGUGAAGUGCAAUUAACCACAGACAGGGGUUGGGGCUGCAUGCUUCGCUGUGGUCAGAUGGUAUUGGCCCAGGCCUUGAUUGAUUUACAUUUGGGACGUGACUGGUUCUGGACGCCUGAAUGUCGUGACUCUACGUAUCUGAAGAUAGUGAAUCGGUUUGAGGACGCACGCAAAAGUUAUUACUCUAUACAUCAGAUUGCGCUGAUGGGAGAGUCUCAGAACAAAGCGGUGGGCGAGUGGAUUGGACCAAACACAGUGGCACAGAUCUUGAAAAAACUGGUGCGUUUCGACGACUGGAGUUCGUUGGCUGUGCACGUGGCCAUGGACAGCACUGUGGUGCUUGAUGAUAUACUUACGCUUUGCCUUUCGCCAGGCGACAACAGCUGGAAGCCUUUGCUACUUAUUAUACCUUUGCGCUUGGGCAUCAGCGACAUAAAUCCGAUAUACGUGCCCGCCUUAAAACGCUGCUUAGAGCUAGAAAGCAGUUGCGGCAUGAUUGGUGGUCGUCCAAACCAAGCGCUAUAUUUCCUUGGUUAUGUGGACGAAGAGGUGCUUUACUUAGAUCCGCAUACAACGCAAAGAACUGGAGUAGUGUCGCAGAAGUUGACACCCGAGGAGCAGGAGCAUGACGAGACUUUUCAUCAAAAACAUGCUGCACGUUUAAACUUUAGUGCCAUGGAUCCUUCACUGGCCGUCUGUUUUCUGUGCAAGACGCGUGACCAGUUCGAUGCCUUCCUGCAGCAAUUGCGCAAUGAGGUACUCAAAGUGUGCACGCCGGCAUUGUUUGAGAUUACACAGGCACGGGCCGUCGACUGGGACACGGUGGAGGAUAUUGAGUGGCCAGCCAUACCGGACAUAGACUGGCCAGCGAGUUCCGACUCCGAGUCGUUCGCCAUUGUGGGCGAAAGCAAUAGUAAACAAAAUGCGAGUGAGUGUAAAAAGACGGAAAGCACUCGGAGUGCCAUCAUUUGAGUGCUCGCGCUCAUGGCGUCUGCGCGCUGCGAAGCCGCUAUCGCUGCCACCGUCACCGCCUCAGUGAACCUUAAGAAGCAUGAACCUGUGUGCACCGGCGUGCGAAACUGGAGCAGCCUGCUAGCCAGCCAGCCCGAGCAGCUUAAUUGGAGCAGCAGCUAUCGGCCGCUUGGAUGCUGCGCCCUCACCUGACUGUGGAUGCAGUAAAUUAAACUACAGUGCAUUAAUAAUAAGCUACUCGUCAUUUUCGAAUAGAACCGUUUGCUGCCGUUGGUUUUCUUUUAAAUUGUAUGUACCUUUAUUUCAUUGUAUUGUAUUUGGUUUUCGAUUCAAUUGUUAAUAGGCUGCUUUAUUGUACGAUUGACUCCAUGGGAGACAAUUUGGCAAAUACACACACAAUGUUCAUGCUUUUUUCUACUAA